GCACAGUGGUAUAUAUAAAUAAAUCUCUUUGGACUAUUCCUGCAGGCACGUGGGUUUUCUAUUAAAUAACCUGAUUAACUUUAAUUGGUGGUGUAGAACAGGCAUAGAAACAAUUCUAGGCUUCUAGAACAAAAACAAACUAAACAACUUUACCAGUGUGAAGACCAUUCCUGCAGCUGAUAGUGUUAGAAUGGUAGUGAGGGAUAAUACUAUGGAAACUCAGCAGUAGUGAAAAAUGAUUUUGGUUUUCAGAGUAAUCUAAACCAUCUGCCUCUAGAAACAGGAGAGUUCGAUGUUUAAUCCAGAUUAUAGCUGGUAAAACAGUUUUUUUGGCUUCCACUCUCCACUGUCACUGUGCCCUUGACGAGACGUCCAGGCAGCAGACUUGAUUCAGAGGCUCCCAUUGGACUGUGUUAAAGAAACCGAACCAGGGGGGUCAUAAAAAGGAGUUCAUUCUUUUUUUAAAAAAGCGGGCCGAGUCAUCGAGCAGAAUGUCUUUCCUUUUGAAAAGCAUGGUGAGCAGUCAGGUGAAAAACCUGGGUCUAGGAGGGGGUGAGGAGGAGAAAAAAGAUAAUGGGGCUGCUGCAGACCCAGCUGCAGCUGCAGGCAUGACCCGGGAGGAAUAUGAGGAGUACCAGAAGCAGGUGGUGGAGGAGAAGAUGGAAAGAGAUGCUGAGUUUGCACAUAAGAAAGCAGAAAGAGCAACUCUCAGGGUGCACCUACGAGAAAAGUAUAGAUUGCCAAAGAGUGAGCAGGAUGAGAAUGCAAUCCAGAUGGCUGGGGAUGAUGUGGACAUACCCGAGGAAUUAAGGAAGAUGGUGGAUGAAGACACUGUUGAGGAGGAAGAGAAAGACUCCAUUCUUGGACAGAUUCAAAACAUCCAAAACAUGGACAUGGAUACGAUCAAGGAGAAAGCCCAAGCUACCUUCGCAGAAAUGAAGGAGGCAGCAGAACAGAAAUGCACAGUAAUGUGAUCAGAGGAGCCCCUAAACAUUCAUGUUCUUAAUUCAUCCUUUUAAAAUAAAGUUUAGAGAUACUAUUAGAAGAGUUGUUUUUUUUCUAUGUGCUGUCUGAAUAAACAAUAAUGUUCAGUUGUUUCCCAUUUUCUUGACAUUAGUAUAGCCUAGCUUUAUGAAGUUCUUCAUUGGGUCAGUUUGAAUAUUUUCAAGAUCAUUACAUGUAAUAUUGUGAACUGCAGAACACACAAUUAAUUUUUAUUAAUAACAGUAUUCUGUAGCAGUACAGUAUUAUAAGAACAUGUAGCUGGGCAUGUAUAACAAGAGGCCUCAUUUAUGACAAGAAGCUUUACA